AUUAACAAUGGGUUUACAUCUUGUGCUAGUUCUUGCUUCUUAUAUGUUUUUAACGUUAGCGGCCGAUGGAAUCAUUGAUGAUUUUGAUUGUGUUAAUAUAUAUAAACAACCAGCUUUCGAACAUCCAUUGUUGAAACACCACAAGAUUCCGGAACAAUUUCUCUCAAAUGAAAGCCGAACAAGAAUUUAUAAGUAUAAAAUAAAUAAUCAAAGUUGUCCAAAAGGAACAGUACCAAUUUUAAGGCAAAGAAAUGGAACCGAGAGCAUUCAUCUUGACACGGUUGAGUACCCCGGCCAACAUUUUGCAACAAUUGAGACUGUUUUGGAUGGGAGCAUAUAUCGAGGAGUAGAAGCUGGGAUAAGUGUUCAUAAUUUAACACUACAAAAUAACCAAUAUAGUAAAAGUCAAAUUUGGUUAGAGAACGGACCUCGCGAUCAACUCAACAGCAUACAAGUUGGUUGGGCGGUGCAUCCAAGAUUAUAUGGUGAUAGUUUGGCGCGAUUUACAAUAUAUUGGACUGCAGAUGGCUAUAAAAAAACUGGAUGUUAUAAUAUAAAAUGUCCUGGCUUUAUUCUUGUUACUCGAGAACCCUGGGUUGGAAGUGUAUUUGAUACAUCUUCUAUUUAUGGUAAACAAACAGUUGGUUUUUACGCGAAAAUUAUUCAGGAUGGUUUCACUGGAAACUGGGCACUAAAAGUUUUUGAUAAACUAAUUGGAUACUGGCCCAAAGAGUUAUUUACACAUUUAAACAAAGGAGCUUCUUUGGUACGUUAUGGAGGAAAUACAUUUACAUCUUUGGACGGAAUUAGUCCUCCAAUGGGAAAUGGUCAUUUUCCGCAUAUAAACUUUAAAACAACCUCACAUUUUUUGCAUGUUAAAGUUUGGAAUUUGAAAUAUCAAUCCGUUGAUAUUGAAGAUAGAAAAUUAAGACAAUAUUCAGAUUCUUACAAAUGCUAUAGACUAAUGUACUGGGGCUAUGUAAAGUCGAUUGGGGUAUCUUUUUCUUUUGGAGGACCAGGUGGAAAUUGUGGUACUUGAUGAUUAAUGAAUUAAAAUAUGUAUCGACCAUUUGGAAGAGAAAUAAAAGUUGACUAAUUAUACUA